AUGGCACUUCUUGAUUUGGAUAAUAUAGUCCCACGUUUGGAAGGAAAUUCAAUGAUUUCGAUUCCUCAUUACAAAAUUAAGGAUGGCAAAUAUGCGGUCUACGUUAUUAAAGUGACGAUCGAUUCAACCGUCUGGACCAUAGAAAGACGUUAUAGCGAUUUUGUAGCAUUUGAUUUACAACGAUUUGUUGACCGCAAGAAAUCGUUUCUUCCACCGAAGAAAUUUAUUGGAAAUUUGGACGUGGAAUUUCUGGAUGAAAGAAGGAUUGAACUCGAAAAAUAUAUCCGAACUGUGGUUGAACUUGAUCUAUGGUUACAGAGAAGGAGGAAACAAUAUGCCCUUCCGUCGCUGAUUGCUCAUUUCCUCGAUUUCCAGGAAUAUGACAUCGGAAGAAAGAAAUGUGCGAAUUGUCAUAUGUGUACGUGA